AUGGAAGCGGGUCGUCUCUUUGCAAGAGCUGAGGAAAAUCUUCAAACCUCUACCACUUUGUCUUCAGGCGAACUGCUGGAACACGCCAUUUCCUGCCUUCUCAAAGCAGCAAAGCUUGCGUAUAUGUCUGAAGAUCUCGCCUCAUUGGAUACGACUGCUAGUUUUAUCCAAUCCGAAAUUAAUCCGUCUCAGAGAAGGAUUCUUCAAGAUCUGCUGGACAAUGCCACAAGUCCUCCCGAUGAUAUUUUCUAG